AGUGACCGACUUCCGGGAUAAGGUGAGCUAUAAAGCUGUCGAACAGCGUCAGUUUGAAAUGUUUUGUUGAACUUGUCGUGGAUAAUAUCAACAAACUGCGUGUCCAUGAAGUUAGCGGAGCUGAAACUUCUGUCGGAACAGCAUGAGUCUGCGAGAUAUCAGCGAGAACAUGAAGCUGGCGCGGGAGUACGCCUUGCUGGGAAACUACAGCUCAGCCAGUGUUCUCUAUAACGGCCUUCUGGAACAGAUCAGGAAGCACAUGUACGGCGUGCAGGACGGCGGCGUUCAGCAGAGAUGGCAGCAGCUGUGGCAGGAAGUCAGUGAGGAGAACCGACAGGUUCAGGACAUCAUGUCCACCCUGAGGAGCUUCCAGCUGGACACGGCGCCUGUUAAAGCCUCCAACCACGACGACUUUGAAAUGAGGCCGGCGCAUGUAGAACCAAGACACUCUCCCGGUCCCGUCAGACGUUCUAACUUCCAUAAGGAGAGCAAACCUCCCAACAACCGGCUGAGCGCGGCGGUGAGACCCCAUCAGAAGCAGUCACCGCGAGGCAGCAACGGAGACAAAAGCAGGGCCUCCAGAGGCAAAGAGAAGAAGGAGUCCAAGGAGGUGAAGGAGGCUGCUGGCAAAGCAAAAGAUGACAAGGAGAAGGAAGUGAAAAAGUUUGACGGGACAGGAUAUGACAAAGACCUGGUGGAGGCGCUAGAGAGGGACAUCAUAUCCCAGAACCCAAAUGUGAAAUGGGAUGACAUCGCAGAUUUAGAAGACGCCAAGAAACUCCUGAAAGAAGCGGUAGUGCUGCCCAUGUGGAUGCCUGCUUUCUUCAAAGGCAUCAGGAGACCAUGGAAGGGGGUGCUGAUGGUUGGGCCUCCAGGCACGGGGAAGACUCUUCUGGCCAAAGCAGUCGCCACCGAAUGCAGAACUACUUUUUUCAACGUGUCUUCAUCCACACUAACCUCAAAGUACCGAGGAGAGUCAGAGAAGCUGGUUCGCCUUCUUUUUGAGAUGGCUCGCUUUUACGCUCCAACAACCAUUUUCAUUGAUGAAAUCGACUCCAUGUGCAGCCGCAGAGGAACCUCAGAGGAACACGAGGCCAGCAGGAGAGUCAAGGCAGAGCUGCUGGUCCAGAUGGACGGCGUGGGCGGAGCCUCGGAGAACGACGACCCAUCAAAGAUGGUGAUGGUGCUCGCCGCUACCAACUUCCCCUGGGACAUCGACGAGGCCCUGAGGAGACGGCUGGAGAAGAGGAUUUACAUCCCUCUGCCUUCAGUUAAGGGGAGAGUGGAGAUGCUCCGGAUCAACCUGAAGGAGCUGGAGCUGGCCAGUGACGUGGAUCUGGACAAGAUCUCAGAGCAGCUGGAGGGCUACUCUGGAGCUGACAUCACCAACGUGUGCAGGGAUGCCUCUCUGAUGGCCAUGAGGAGAAGGAUUGAGGGCCUCACCCCGGAGGAGAUCCGUAACCUUUCCCGGGACGAGAUGCACAUGCCCACCACCAUGGAGGACUUUGAGUCUGCGCUGAAGAAGGUCUCCAAAUCGGUCUCUGCUACCGACCUGGAGAAGUACGAGAAGUGGAUCGAGGAGUUCGGGUCCUGCUGAGAGGGAAGGCCAACCUGAAUGUGUUCCAUUCAAACAGCUGAAGAGAGGAAAGCUGCACUUAAUGACUCCAUCUGAAGCCUGGAGUCCGACCUCCAACCGACACAGGUUUUUAUUCACUAGUGAAAUCGUCUAGUGUCCUUUGCACAGAUCUGUCAGUGGAUUCACUGAGAGCCAAUCAAAAGACCGCUUCUCUUCAGUCUUACCUCAGUCUAGAGACCAACAUUUCCCUUUUCUAUGUUUUGGAAAAUGUAAACGUCUAUAAAUGCAACACUACAGAUAUUUCUAUAAAUAAAGGUUUUGCUGUAUGCUUAAUGAAAUGGAAGAAGUUUUAUUUUCCUUCAGGAUCCGAAGACCAGCUUUGGUUCAAAGUCCUGCCAAAAAACUGUUAAAGGAAAAGUCCAGUCAG